AUGGGUUUGUUAUCUCAGGGUACUCCUCUCUCCUGGAUGGAGUCCCGAAAAUAUAAUGAGCACGUUCGUGAUAACGGUGUCGAGCAAUUGAUCAAUUGCUUCAGAGCCGCUAAGGAUCGUAGCCAAGAUCCUUUUCUUUGGGGUGACGAGAUCGAAUAUCAAAUGAUUCGUAUUGAUGAUGAUGCUAAAAGUGCCAAACUUGCACUCGAUGAGACUGAGGUGCUAAUUAAUUUGGCUGAAAAUGGUAAGGGUCGUUCUAAUUCUGUGAAUCAUGGAGUGCUUUUCCACCCAGAGUACGGAAGAUUUAUGUUGGAAGCCACUCCUCUAAAGCCAUAUGAUGGAAGAAAACUAUCUGAUUAUUCCUAUGUCGAGCAGAACAUGGCCGUGAGAAGGGACGUUGCGAGAAGUGAGAUGUCUGAUCGUAAGGUCUAUCCAAUUACCCUGACUGCAUUUCCAAACAUGGGAUGUGGUGAUUUCACGUAUCCUAAGGCCACUACCAACGGUCCCGCAUCACAGUCUUUGUUUUUGCCUGAUGAGAUUAUCAACAAGCACGUGAGAUUCCCAACCUUAACAGCCAAUAUUAGAAUUAGGCGUGGCCAGAAGGUCGACAUUAACAUCCCUCUGUAUCGAGACGUCAACACGGUACUUGAUCAGAUUGAUCCAACUAUUCCUAAGAGAGACUUAUUUCCGUGCGACGCUGAACCUUUCCUUGGAGCUGCCAAACCGGGUCACAUUUAUAUGGAUUCUAUGGGCUUUGGCAUGGGCUGUUGCUGCCUUCAGGUCACUAUGCAGCCAUCCGAUAUCUACGAAGCUCGGUUUGUGUAUGAUUCCUUCGUAAAUAUCUCCCCGGCUCUUCUAUCGCUAACAUCUGCUACUCCUAUUCUUAGAGGCCAUUUAGCCGACCAGGAUGUUCGUUGGAACGUGAUCUCUGGUGCCGUAGAUGAUAGAGCUCCUGACGAGAGAGGUGUGGCUGCAUUGAACGGCCACAAUCCAAGAGGCGGAAUUGCGGAUGACGUCAAGUUGCAAAGAAUUCCAAAGUCUAGGUAUGAUUCCGUUGACCAGUAUUUGGGAGAUCUUAGAAAAGAUUCUUGCAAAACUGACGACCCCCAAUACACCUACUAUAGUUCUUCGUUCAACAACAUCAAUUCUCCAAUAAACUCUAAAGUGUACAAGAAUCUUUUGGAUAAUGGCUUUGACCAGCAGUUGGCCUUGCAUUUCGCCCACUUGUACAUCCGUGAUCCAUUGGUGAUAUUUGCCGAGAAGAUCAACCAAGAUAACACCAAGGAGACAGAUCACUUCGAGAACAUCCAAUCUACAAAUUGGCAGACCCUGAGGUUUAAACCUCCGACGCAGGAGGCUGUUCCUGGAAAUAGUUCUGUUCCUGGUUGGAGGGUCGAAGUUAGACCAAUGGAGAUUUCGAUUACGGAUUUCGAAAAUGCUGCAUUUGGUGUUUUCACCAUCCUUCUUGCUAGAGCUAUCAUCAAGUAUAAGCCAAAUUUCUACAUUCCGAUGACUAAGGUGGAGAAGAACAUGAGAGUGGCCCAUACGCGGGAUUCUAUAACGGAGGGCCGGUUCUCUUUCAGAACCAAUGGUUGGCAUGGACAAUCGCAGCCUGGCAAAUACGCAGAACUCUCGCUUGAUCAACUCUUCAACGGCUAUCAAGACUUUGAGGGCUUGAUUCCUAUAACAAGGAAAUAUAUUCAUGAAACGUUCCAAGCAUCCAGUGCAAAAGACCAAGACGAUCUCGAACAGGUCGAGGUAUAUUUCCAGCUUGUGUCCAAGCGUGCUUCUGGUGAACUCCCUUCAACUGCUAAGUAUUUGAGAGAUUUUGUGCUUUCUCAUCCUGAUUACAAGCACGACAGUAUCGUUUCCGAACGGAUCAACUAUGACUUAAUCAAGUUGGCUGAUAGAAUCGGCAACUAUGAUCAUGAGUUACUUCCAGGAUUCUUUGGUAAAGAGAUCUCCGAUUGGCUGUUUAGGCGUGGAUAUUAA